CCAACCAUUACAGGAACGUGGGCACGAAAAAGGUUGGUGAAAAAAAGAAGCAGCAGAAGAUCUAGCCAGACCCUUGCUGCUUGCACAGCGUGCCUGAAUUCUGGGCCGGAAAAAGAAACAAAGCCCUGUCUCACCACCAACCUCAGUCCGCCAAGAUCGAGGCACAGAAGGCUCGUAGCCCCGAGAGAAAGAGAAAGAACACAAAACUCGCAAAGCAAAGCAAAGCAUGGAUGGAAAAAGGCAGCGGCCGGCCGGUCAGUGUCGCUUCACGGGAAGCCCCUCGGCGCCCAAGCUAAGCUAAAGCAGCAGCUGAGCAGCUGAAGCCUUUUGCUUAUCUCCAUCUCCUCUUCUUCCGGAGAGCCUCCCGGACGAUCCAUCGCCUUCCGCUCCAAAAAUAAACACGUUCCUGCGCACGCAAUUCAAUUCAUGGAGGUCGCCGCGGCGGCAGAGUGGCCGGAGGAACGGGGCGUGGAGGAGGCCGUGUACCUCCCGAGGCUGCUCGCCGACGUCAUCUCCGGCGCGCUCACCGGCCUCUUCGCCCUGGCCGGGGCAUUGACGGGAGCUGUGACCGGCGCCGUAGCGGGCAGAGCCUCGGACAGCGGCGCGCUCCGGGGAGCCGGGCUGGGGGCGAUCGCCGGAGCCAUCCUCUCCAUCGAGGUCCUCGAGGCUUCCCGCGCGUAUUGGUGCUCUGAUCGCCUCGGCACGUCCUCCAUGGCAGAUUUCAUAGAGCAGCUCCUGCAUGCCCGGUUUGUGCAAGAACAGCUUGGAUCUUCAGCACAUACUGCGUACCGUUGGCAGGUCAGCAUAUCAGACUUUGCUCACGAUGAUAUGUACGACAUCUUCGGUGACAUUUCGUUGAAAGGGCUUUCCAGAGAGUCACUCAAGAAAUUGCCGGAAUUUGUGGUAGCUGAUCAAGCCCAGGGCUCCUUUGGUGAAGACCUGCCUUGCACUAUCUGUCUACAGGACAUGGUGGCUGGUGAGACGGGGAGGAGGUUGCCGAAUUGCUCUCAUGCUUUUCACCAGCCUUGCGUGGACAAAUGGCUUAUUGGCCACGGUUCAUGCCCUGUGUGUCGGCAAGAUGUGUAGGAUAGGUAAAGAUUUUACGGGUUCUUCUUAGAAUGUAAGCAUUUUUACUGCAUAGAAAGAGAGAGGGAGGGAGAGAGUAUAUACAGAAACACAGCGUUGUAAAUUAGAUUAAUCAGCAGUCUGUUUUUUACUGCAAGCAUGCAUAGUGGCCAUGUACAUCGAUUUUCUGAAAGUGGUCAUGUACAUCUCUCUUGCACUGGUGAAAAAUGUAAAGCGGGAAAGAUUGAUCUGUUGUGAAUUGUGAUAGACAUUUUGAGCCAUUUUAGGAUGAGCUUUA